AUCAUGUCCCGACUGCCCUCAUUCCCCUUGGCCCAGCAGGCGCAGAUCAUCCGUUCCAACCAGCGAGAUUUCUUCCAAGCCUUUGCACUACGCGAACAGGCCGAUGGCGUCCUCAGAUCCUGGCUCGGGACACGAUGGCUGACUCGUUGGGAUAGAGAGGUCGAGCUGGCUACCAAGCUGCUUUAUUACGGUUUGACUGUCGGCCGUGCGACGCAGACGCUUGGGGAAGAGUACACAGAUAUCUGGCAACGGUCCAGUAGACAGCAUCGUCUUCCCUCGCAACGUGCACGUAUCGCCCUCGUUCUCCUACCGGCGCUGCCAUCCUAUAUUUUGGCGAGGUCGGGUUCGUCGCUCCCUCAGUCGACCAACCUCGGAUAUCUCCUACGCAAGCUACCUCCAACGUCAGAGGUACUUUCUGAGAUUAACUUAGCGGCCUUCUAUUUCCGAGGGGUAUAUUACGACCUGGUCAAGCGAUUGCUGGGCAUCCAAUAUAUCUCAACCAUUCCUGAAGACCCCAAUACUCGGCCGCCAUCAUACUCCCUGCUCGGCCUUCUUCUUGCCAUCAGACUUAUCCAUCGGUUCAUGAGCUUCUGUCGAAACGUCAGCAAACGAGAGGAAUCCACGGUAACGGCUGGCAAACGGCACACGGACGAAACGCAAGAGACUUUUCUCGAUGACCGGCCGCUGUCAAUCAUGCUAGGCCCUGUCGACCCUGAAAGCGUCGUAUCGACAUCCGCUGAAGAAGAUGACAAAACGAUCAUGGACUUUGUGGAAAUUCCCCCUGCUGUGCGAGCGGGCCGCAGUUGCACACUGUGCCUCGAGGAGCGAACUGCAACUACGGCCACGGAAUGCGGGCACCUAUUCUGUUGGGAUUGCAUAGUGGGCUGGGGACGCGAGAAGCCCGAAUGUCCUCUGUGUCGGCAGUCGUUGAGUCUCACAUCACUCCUACCUAUUUACAAUCUGUAGAGGGUCAUUAUACAUUAUGGAUAUACAGCACAGGACUACGAGCAGAACCGCGCGAGAUGCUCACUGGGGAGACAAAGCCGCAAAAGCGAGGGAGAAACGCAAUUUUCACCAAUCGUGACCCACAAUCGUCUACGAGCAGAGAUCAUACAGUACCAUUAGGUUAUAGCACCUGCUGGAUAAGUGUGAUGUUAUCGCCUUUUAGCAGUAUCCGUCCAAGUUCAUUGCGUGGCUUCGCAUCCUUCAC